AUGAGAGCCGGGUGGGAAUCUAGCCCAACAAAUAGUCUUUCUCGUCGGACCCAUAUACCCAUGACUGAUUUCAGACUUUAUCACACCUAUUUCGGAGGAUGGAAGUCGCCUAGGAAGAAAAGAAAGAAGCAAGAACCGGAGGCCUAUUCUCAAAUUCAGUGCAUGAACCAAAACGGAAUCCGAUCCUUUCCUUUUAGUCGGAGUGGCUUCUCGCUCCUUCUUAUGCCGGAGCUGAAUGAAGGCUUUCCCUUCUAUGCUUUGCUUUGGUGGUUUAUCCUCGGUAUUAAAGUCCCUGAAAUCAAAAAAGAGAAGAAUCUUAGUUCAGCAUCUCAAGUGAUUAGGCGGGGGCAGGAUUCGAACCUGCAAUCUUCAGGUCAUGAGCCUGAUGAGUUGACCAAUUACUCUACCCCGCUUCUUCGCCUUAUCCUUAUCCUAAUUGGUCCUACAUUUGUAGUGAGAAAAGACCAAAAUGCCAUCCUCCAAUUAUUUCACAGAGGAGCUGCCAAGAAGCCAGUGGGAAUUCUGCACGUGAAGGUUGUGAGAGCAACAAAACUUUUAAACAUGGAUUUUCUCUCAACACCUGAUCCCUACGUUAAACUCAGCCUUAGUGGGGAAAGGCUUCCGGCUAAGAAGACUUCUGUCAAGAUGAAUAAUUUGAAUCCCGAGUGGUUUGAGGAUUUCAAGAUGACAGUAAAGGACCCCCAGUGUCAAGUCCUUCAAAUGCAUAUCUAUGACUGGGAAAAGUUUGGAGCACAUGAUUAUUUAGGGAUGCAAGUUAUUCCGCUGAAAAUACUCAUUCCAUACGAGAAGAAAGAAUUCAUACUCAAUUUGCUAAAAAGUGUGGAUCCUGGACCACAUAACAAGAAGCCUUGAGGUCAAAUUACAGUGGAGACAACAUUUAUUCCUUUCUUAGAAGACAGUAAAAGAUUUUGUGGAACUAUGGAUUAUGAGCAAAAUGGAAGUUCUCAUGAUGCUUCGGAGAAGGUUACUUUGAUAGGAACAGGUUUACUUUUAGUUACAAUCAUAGGCGCAGAGGAUGUCAAAGGCAAGAAGCACAACCACCCUCAUGCCACGAUCCUCUUUAGAGGAGAUAAGAGAAAAGUCCAGACAAUCAAGAAAACUAGGAAUCCAGUUCGGAAAGAGGAAUUUCAGUUUGUGUUAGAAGAGGCUCCGGUAAAGGACCUAAUUCACAUUAAAAUCAUUAGCAAGAGAAGACGCCGUCUUGGUUUUAUGUCAAAUGAAUCACUGGCGCACGUGGAUAUAAAUCUCUCAGAUGUAGUUUACAAUGGGCAUGUCAAUGAGAAAUACUAUCUUAUCGAUUCUAGAGAUGGGGUAAUACAUGUAGACAUAAGAUGGAAGGUAAUCUAAUUACCGUUGCAU